AUGAUAUAUGAGAUCGCUACCAGAUCAGAGGCAGUUCUGCACAUGUUAAUUGCUGUCGCUCGAAAAGAGCUGCUGUUGCUAAGGGCCAACGGGAAUAGCGAAGUCCUGAGCGAUGAUUGUUCCAUCCGUCACUACUCUUCAGCAUUAAUAGUUGUUCGCAAAUUCCUCAACGGACUCGACGAUAUAAACGAACUGGAUACAAUCCUCGUAACUAUCUAUCUUAUGGUUCUAUACGAACAGAAGUCCGGCGACGGGGACGGCGCCGCCCUUUCGGCGCAUCUGCAGGGCUUGGCAUCCAUCAUUAGAGACCAGGUCAGGAACACGACGGCGGUGAUUUCGGAGUCUCUCGUAUCGUCUGGUACGGAACCUGAGGCUGAAGCAUCAAGCAGCAAGAAACCAUUGUUACUGGGGUCCUUCACGUUGUUUGCAGUGCGUAUGCUGGAAUGGAUCUGCUUUAUGGAUGCAUGUGCAUCAUCUUUUGGGAUUGGUGGAGAUUUCAACGGCACAAUUCGCGACCUUUUCAAUAAGAGCGAUCAUAACAGCGACCUCAAUACUGCAGGCCACGCACAAGUUCUACGAGGAUUUGUGACUACUAUGGAGAGCUAUAGUUAUCAGCUUCCAUGCAGUUUCUGGGGUACGACUUAUCCUAUUGAGGAAAUCCUGGACGAUCUCGCAACAGAUGAGCUUUAUAUCCUCUAUGGUACUUCUGUUCAACUGAGAUAUCUAGUCUCUGGAAUGUUCGUCACUGGAGCUUCUGCAAGCCAGAACCUCCAGCAAAAUGUCGACAGGGCAUUCUUGGAGGUCAUGGAUCAUCAUGCACGCCUAUUUGUUUUGGCAAACCAAAUGACAUCAGAUUUCGACAUCACUAAAUCGGCGAUUCGGGAGACGCGAUUCAUAAUCCCACACUACUACGCGGCUCUUUUAUUCUAUUUCAGCUGCACGAGCCAACAAAAGACUCAGACUCACCGUCAUGAGCUGGCUGUAAAGACAAUCAUGAGGCUGGCGCUACAGGCUUUCCAGGCAGAAGGCCACCAAGCUAUGAUUCGCAUAGCGUGGCCACUGUUCAUGAUUAUGAUCGAAACCGAGGACGAGUUCUACCGAGAAUGGGCAUCAUCCCAGCUAAGUGCGAUCAGCGUUUAUGGUAAGAACUAUUCGCGCGCGGUCUUGUCUGCGAGGAGUUUCCAUGCUGAAAGACGGCGGCACGGUGAUGAAGCUAGCCUCCCAAAGCAUCUACUCAAGGCCGAAUUCGGUCACUUUUUCAUCUAG